GCGCGCCGUUUUUAGGAGCGCGGCUCAGCUGACCGUGACGCACCGCUUUCGGCAGAGGGCGAGGGACGCGCGCGCGCACAGAAGUCGGGUGUCGGUUUCGCGCGAAAGUAAUGACGCCCCGCGCGCCAUCGGUAAACGGGCGACUCUGACGGAAUUCCGUGCUCGCCGAGAGAGCGUCAGUUCCUGUGAUCCGCGUCUCGGGAGUCGGGACCGAGCAGCGCUCCGCCGAGACACCCCAGACCCCGUUUAACAGAAGCGCGGCUCCUCCCGGCCGGACACACUUCUAAAAAAGCAACAGGUGGAGUGAGCCGAAGGCCACGAUGGUGGACUACUAUGAUGUUCUGGGAGUGUCACGACAUGCAUCUCCGGAUGACAUCAAGAAAGCUUACAGGAAACUGGCUCUGCGGUGGCACCCUGACAAAAACCCAGACAACAAGGAAGAGGCGGAGAAAAAAUUUAAGGAGAUCGCAGAGGCCUAUGAAGUCCUUUCAGACAAAAGCAAGCGCGACGCUUACGACAGAUACGGUAGAGCAGACACGCCGAGCUCAGGCUCCGCUGGUUCUUCGUUUCCUGAGGACUUCCCAGGAUUCAGCUUCACAUUCCGCAGCCCAGAUGAGGUGUUUCGAGAGUUCUUCGGGGGGCAGGACCCGUUCGCAGACUUCUUUGAUGAUUUCCCAUUUGGUGGAAUGCACAGUGGGUUUCACAGCUCCUCCUCCAGGCUUGGGCCCAGUCGCUUCUUCUCUUUCCCAUCAGCAAAUGCUGAUUUCACCUCCUUCUCUUCCUCAAUGGGUGGGAUGGGCAGCAUGGGAGGAGCAAACUUCAAGUCUGUUUCUACUUCCACCCGCAUUGUCAAUGGAAAACGUAUUGCCACAAAAAAGGUCAGAGAAAAUGGCCAGGAGCGAACAGAGGUUGAGGAGGAUGGGGUUUUGAAAACUGUCCUCAUCAAUGGUGUGGAGGAUGAGAUGGCCUUAGCUCUGGAACUGAGCCGUAGAGAGCAGUCCAGUCAGCCUCCCAGACGAUCCCAGCAUCCUCCGCUCCGCCCCUCCAGCAACAGCUCUCCGAACCCCGCUCUGCGCUCCUACAGCGCCGCCCCGUUCUACCACUGCCCCGAUGCCACUGAAGACGAGGAGGACGAAGACCUGCAGAUGGCGCUGGCCUACAGCUUGUCGGAGAUGGAGGCCCAGCAGCGGGCAGAGGACGUGAUCUCAGGUGCUGGGGGAGGGAGGGGGAAGCAGCCAGGUGGUGGGAAGGGUGCCGGUCAAAAAAACAAAGAUCAGAAAGAAGUACUGGAUAAUUCAAAAGAAAGCAGCCCCUCGUCUCCAGAGGAGAGGCUGACAGAACAGGGUCGGGAUAGAGGUUCAGGAAGUGUUGUUGUACAGGAUAAAGAGAAUGACAAAAUGGCAGCCAAUGGGACUAAUGUGGUAAAAAAGAGGAGGAAGUGUCAGUGCGUGGUUUGUUAGUAAAAAAUAUGGAGAAUUAAGAUGCUUGUGUGCGCGUUAUAACCUUAUGCUUUCAUCUUAUGGUUUUCCUUCCUGAAGUGUUUUGACUUACAGCUCUGUCUCUCAUGGCACUGCACAAAUAUAAAUGUAUUUUUUUGCAGUGAGGUUUGAGCAACAGCCUGAUUGCCCAAAUGCGUUUGAAGGAUAUUUUGAAGGAGCUGUUUGCAAUAUUUUACAACCCCGUGCACAAAAUGUCCCGCUGCCUGACAGGUAUAAGUGAAAUGGGUGUCUUGGGAUAUCAUUUGCAGGCAUUUACUGUGUAAGCAGUGUCACUAUUUUAGCCAGUCAGGAAAAAAAAAAAAAAGUGGCUUACCAUCGCUGGCAUCAGGUUGACUGACAUCUCUUCACACGGGGAGAUUUGGGGAUUUUGGAGAACGGUUAUAUGGUUAGCAAAAUGGUAAUGGAAUUUAAUGUUCAGAUCUAAUAUUCAAACAAAGAUAAAUGUAAAUCGUUGCACUCCAAAUCAGUCGAUAUAUGAAGUUACCCUAAUUUUAAAAGUGUGAUUUCUAUGCUUGGAAAAAAGUAAAGUUAAAUCAAAUAAUUCCACGGAAUUAAAAAAUCGUUAUCCAGUAAAUGAAAAGCCACGAGACCUUGAAUAUUGUUGUGGACGAAGGGAGUCAGAAAGAUUGAGAACCACUGCUCCAAACAGUUUUAAUGGCUUUUCUAGCAUUUAAUGGAUGUCUUACCGAUUAGUUGACAUCCCAUUCCCAAUGAACCUUCCAUUUAUUUUUCCAGCAGUAAAGUUUAGUUUGUUUUCACAUUCGUUAGUAUUGUAUUAGAAGGUAAAUAUCAGUUUUGCGUCUGAUUUUACGGUGCAUUUGUCAUUCCUUCAGAGGUACCUGUUGAACGUGAAAAGUUUUUUUUUUUGGGAGGGGAAAUUUUGCACAAAAACCUAAAGAUAAUCUGCCUCUGAGGAAUCAUGUUGUGAACAGCAAUGAAUCAGUGACUCAUGGCUAGUCACGAAGAGAAUGUAGAUAUCCAGAAUUAUCUCAGUUAAUGAGAAUGUGCCAAACUUAUCAUUAGUUUUAUAUGUAUCAGAAUUAUUCACUAUUGAUAUUUCGUUUGUGCCUUUUUUGUUAGAAUAGAAAUGCUUGGCUAUUGUUGCCAGUGCUAUAUCUCACCUGACUGUGUUUAAGUUAGCCAAAGAAACGCAUUUUUUUUUUUUUUAAUACUUGUUUGUGCAUUUUGUUCCAUAAUAGCUUUGUGAUAUAAAAUGAACAAUCAGAACAGCAAUGCAUAAAACAAACUAAGCACAGAAAGUUUGAUUGUGAUGCUAUGUGAAAAUUAAUAAUAAUAAAAAAAACUACAACAAAUAUGUAAACUUCAUUCAGGAAACAAAGUAAUUGAUUUACACAAAACCGCUAUUUAUCAAAAUGUUGUGUCCUAAUUCACAAGGCAUAUUCAGUGCUCAGAAAGUGCUAUUUAAAUGACUAAAUAUGUUAAUAAAUGCUGUUUCGGUCAUUGUUAACAUGAUGUUGUUGCUAAUAUGAGGAACAAUAAACUGUACAAUACA